CAUUCUCUACAAUGCCAUGUCAUUAACCAGAGCAUUCAGCAUCUAUAAAUACUCCACAAUCUCUUCAUAGUAGCCAACAUCAAAUACACUAUAUACCUUCUAAAGUUUGUUCAAUUCUAUACUAUAAUACACUAGCUAUAUAUAUAGUUCCCUUAUUUUGCUACUUGAAGCUGCCACAUUAAUGGCUGCACCUUGGUCAUGUUGUUUACUUGCAGUGCUUGUUUUGAUGUCAGUUAUUGAAUCAGAAAGCAGAGUGGCAAGAAAGGAUUUGGGUUUGGACCUUGGUGGAUUGGGAAUUGGACUUGGAGCAGGAGUAGGUUUGGGAAUUGGAGGUGGUAGUGGCUCUGGAGCCGGAGCUGGUGCAGGCUCCGGUUCUGGUUCUAGUUCUAGCUCUUCAUCAAGUUCGUCGUCUUCGUCUUCUAGUUCUGGCUCUGGGUCUGGUGCUGGCUCUGAAGCUGGCUCGUACGCUGGCUCUCGAGCUGGAUCCGGAUCAGGCAGAAGUCGAGGUGGUGGUAGAGGAGGAGGUGGUGGUAGAGGAGGAGGUGGCGGUGGAGGAGGAGGAGGCGGCGGCGGUGGUGGAGGAGGUUCAGGGCAGGGCUCUGGUUAUGGUGAGGGUUAUGGUCAUGGUGGGGGUUAUGGCGAAGGUGGUGGUGAUUAAGGAAAUUAUAUGCAUAAAUUGAUUAAGAUAAAUAAUAUAUUUGACUCAAAUAAUAAAAGAAAGUAUUAAGACUGUUUGGUGUAAUAAAUAAGUAGUAGCUGGUGUGUAUCAAAUAAUGAACUUGUAAGAUGGUUGGUUCCAUGCAUCAUGUGUGUUUUAAUUAGUGAAGAAAAAUCAGUUUGUUUUAAUUUCAACCUGAACUAAAUUGCUAUUUGUUUUAGAGAUUCAAAAUUUCACUUGUAAUUUAUCAUAGCUUUAAUAUUUUGAGUCAUAGAUGAUGGCAAUGUAAUGUGUAUCAUGGUUGAAUUCAGAUAUAUAAAAGUUUACUGCUACUUAAGUGUGA